CCUCAGGGGCCCGGGGCAGGCCUGCUCGCUGUGGCCCUGGCAGGGCCAUUGUGCUCUCCCAGAGCCCCUUGUUCCCUGAGCCUUAGGGCCCCUCUGGCCAGGAGCCAUCAAGGCUUUCAUCUUCCUCAGGCCACCUCUGCUAUCUCGUGGCCUGGCCCUUGAGGAAGCCACACACCCUCCAGGGGCAGCCCGGCGGCCUCCAGGGAAACCCUGGGGCAGGAGUCAUGGGGGGGGGGCGGCAAAUACUGGCACAGCCGGCUUCGCCCCCAUUGGGGAUGAAGAAUCCCGUUUCGUCAGUUAACCGAUUAAACGUUAUGUGUAACCCCUUCACCAUUUAAACGGGAGCCCUGCGGGUGGGGAGUUGGGUAACCAAUAAGCAUCACCCGGGAACGGUUAACCGGUGACAUUCCUAGCCGUGGGCAACAGUGGAAGCGGCAGUUGAUGAAGAACAAUAUUCUGUUAAAUUAAUUAAAAAGAAUUACAUUUAUGGCAACACCAAACAUCAAGUGAACAUUUAUGUUAAAGUGUAUACAAAUAGUCCAUUCCUAGUAUGCAUGGAUUUGGCACUUUCUCAAAAAGAAGUUAUAGAUCCAAGCUACUUAUGGAUUGGACCAGAUGGAAAGAAUCUCAAAGGACAAAGUUACAUCAAUCUCACUGAAACAGGAAAGUUGAUGGUGAGAGGUUUUCAGGAGUCUAUGUCUGGAUCUUAUACUUGCACUCUUUCUUAUAAAACCAUCAAAAGUGACAUACAAGAAGAGAGAGAGAGAUUUAAGACAUACAAAUUUAUGGUAUAUGCAUAUAGGGAACCUGACUAUACAUACCAGAUAUCUGUUCGGUUUACUACAAAAGAGUGCAGACUAGCAGCUAAUGGUCAAUUCUUUGAGGAGCUGAAGAAAAUCUUGAACGAUUUAAUCUCUGAUUUGACAUGUCAUGUCAUAGAACCAUCAUAUAAAUGUCAUGUCAUCAAGAUACCAAAACAUGGCCUCCUGGAUGAGCUAUUUGUUACUUUUCAAGUAAAUCCUUUUGCUCCAGGGUGGGAAGCAGUUUGCCAACAGAUUUCUUACGACUGUGAAGAUGUAACCAACCAAAGAGUUCAGGAGGCAAGAGAUCUCAUUGAAGAAUUUUUCCAUAAACAAACAUAUGUUCUGAAACACGAAUUUCGGAAUGUACCUGCAAUACACUAUAUAGACCACAGUUUUGAAGUUACUCGCAUUGACAGCUGUCGACCAGGUUUUGGAAAAAAUGAUGACACCCACAAUGACUGUGCUAGUUGCUGUGUGGUUUGUGACCCUGGAACUUACAGUCCUAACAAUGAAGUGAGAUGUCGGAUUUGUACAAGCAUUCGAAUCAAAUACUAUGGAGCAAAAUCUUGCUAAUAAACUUAAAAUAGAAAUUGGAAAACUGAAGAAAAGUUGUGAAAGCAUUAUUAUUCUUUUGUGAUGUCCCUUUUUUUUACCUCCAAUCCUGGGGAUAUUUGUUGUUAAACAAUAGUCAAUCCUUCUAAGAUCUAUAAGCUUUACAUUUUCUUUAUUCAGGAGCCAUCUGUGGAUAGAGAUUCUAAAAAUGUCUAGUAUAAAAUGUUCAUAUAGGGGAGAGUAAAUCAAUGGAAAGCAAAAAUGCAAAGAAAAUUAUGAGUAUUGAUAUGUGUUUUUUGAAGAAAAGUCUCUGGUUUGUAAUAUUGACACUGAUUGCAGGAUAGCACUGUAUUUUAAAUACAUGAAGGAUUCAUAAACAAUUAAUGGAGAAGUGAUGUAUAUUGUAGUGGAAUGAUUGUAGAAGCAUUAUAUUGUGUUAUAAUGCUUUAAGUAGAAGUCCAUCCAUGUACGUUAAUGCUUGCUAGAAAUUACUCUUGUAGGCUAGAAAUACAUAUUUAAACUCUAUAAUGUAAA